AUGUCCUCCUACAAUGAGAAAACCAAAGCUUCUGCUUUUUUUCCUACAGCUGAGCGGGUUAAACAGGAGAACCUGACGAUUGUCUGCAUCCCUACAUCUUUUCAGGCCCGUCAGCUGAUCCUGCAGAACGGCUUAACUCUAAGUGACUUGGACCGGCAUCCAGAGCUCGACGUGGCCAUUGAUGGAGCUGAUGAAGUGGACUCUGACCUCAACCUUAUCAAAGGUGGCGGUGGCUGCUUGACACAGGAGAAGAUAGUUGCAGGAUAUGCAAAAUGCUUCAUCGUUAUUGCUGAUUACAGGAAAAAAUCAAAGAGCCUCGGGGAGCAAUGGAAGAAGGGAAUUCCUAUCGAAGUCAUCCCCAUGGCUUAUGUCCCUGUCACCAGAGCCCUGACCAAAAACUUUGGAGGUGCCGUGGAGCUGCGGAUGGCUGUUAGCAAAGCGGGCCCCGUGGUGACGGACAAUGGGAACUUCAUCCUGGACUGGAAGUUUGACAAGGUUCAUGAAUGGAGUGAAGUGAACACCGCUAUAAAAAUGAUACCAG